UAUAUAUGUUUUAUUGAUUGGCGAAUUUGUGUAAAACAUUGUUAUUGUGUUUUAGUGUAAUACUUUUAUUUUUAUUGCCUAAAAAAGUAAAAAGCCACUGUGAUGUCAAGCCAAGCAAGAUGGUCAGGGGACAAAAUCACCACAUACUGCUAUUUAGCAGUGAGUGAUGUUUUUUCUAGAAGUUGUUUAUGGUAGAAAUUAUAUCUGUAUACAUAGUUCAAAUGAAUUAUGCUGGUGGUGGUACAUUGUAUAAUAAUAAAAAAUAUUGGAACAUUAAAUUAGUAAAAAAUAUAAAUAUAUUUUGGUGAUCAGUUUUUUUAUAUAUUUAUAACAGAAAAACUGAGUGAGCUUAGUUUUUGUUACUAACAACUAAAGUUUAGAAUAUUGUGAAACUUAGGAUGGGAACUAUCUUACAUGGGAAUGCUUCUUCAGAGUUGUAAUAACAGUAUAUAUAAAGGGGAAAUAUAUACAAUAGAAUCUUUGCGAUCCACUAACGCUGUUUUUAGGUACCUCAAGCACCGGUCAUCGUUCUCGUCGAACCCGGCGAUUGCGACGAAGGUCUUGACGAGUAAACCCACAGACACAGCCCGCUGAGUUUCUCGCCGGAUCUUCUCAGUGGGUCGUGUUUCCGAUCCGGUGAUAAAUUCUGCGAAGCACGGCUCUUGCUAGGGUUCGUGUUAGCAACGUCGUCAGGUUUGAGCCCCGUGAGGUCACCUACUAGUUAAGGUUACGCUGAAAUAGCCUCUCAAGGCUAUCAGCUUAGGUAGGAAUAAAAAAAAACAAUAGAAAGCAUUUAAAAAACAUGUGAGUUUAGUUAAAUCAUCUAAGUACAUGAUUAAGGGUAAAAUUAUCUCUAAUUUAAUCAUAAAGUUUAAUGGUAAAGUUAUACAUAACUUUAGGUAAGGGAAGGGUAUCAGAGCAAAUUGACAUCAUAACGUGAAUGUCGCCUCGAGACUACGUAGCCCUCCUGGCUGAGACGUUGCUCGCCCACCUGUCCUGGUGAAACUGGAAAGGCCACUGGGCCACCACUAAUCCUUCAAUCCUAAAAAAAACUACGAAGUUUCAUUUAUAUUCUCCUUGACGGCUGACCCACAUACCUUUAAAAUUUGAGAAUUUAGCUCCUACGCGGUAGACUUAGGCAUCGAAAAUUCGUUCACGAAGAAAAAAAGAGAUAUUUGCCACGAAGCAUACGGCUCGGGAAUGAGAACCCCUGAAAAUGAAGGCGGGUCAACAUAAAAGUAGAUGCCCUGGCCUUAAGUAUUUCCGCUAAUAUAUUAGUUUAAUAACUUGUAGUACUUAGUAGAAUAUAGUCUGAAGACCCCAUAGCUAAUGUAAAUAAAUACACACAUACAUAAAUACAAAAUUGCGAAAAAAUCAUGCAUGGUCACCCAGCCCCAAUGUAGGACUCCCAGUGUUAUGGGAACCAGAAACUUACAUACCUACCUACCUAAAUUUUAUUGUAAAAACGUACAUUAGUAGGUACGUUUUUUAAAUAAAUGCAUAGAUAAUAAACACCCAGACAAAGAGCAAACAAAUCUGCUCAUCACACGAAUGGUUGCCCGAUGUGGGAAUCGAACCCAAGAUUUUCGGCGCAACAGUCAGGGGUGCUAACAACUGCUCUACCGAGUCAGUCAGAUAUGAAUUCAUGAUUAUUUACUUUGCUUUCGAAUACUGUCUAUGCUGUAAGACCGGAAAGUUAUGAUAACUUAUUGUCAACUUUACAUACAACUAUUAAAUCUUAUAAGUUGGUUCAAAUUAUAGUUAACUAAUUAAUUGUAAAAAGAAAUACACUAUGUUCAAUGUUUUAUUUGUGGCUUAAAGUCGUUGCUGAGCGACCAUUUAUAUCUACAAUUCUAUAACGUCCAAUGUAUUUUGAUCAACCCCUCAGUCCACGUGAAGGUUUUGGGCGGAUACGUAGUUUGUCGUAUUUAUUAUUGAAACAAGUUAAUUUGUUUUCCUGAUCGUAAUGCUCCGACAUACGCGUAUGUUGUUUUCAAAUGAUAAAUUAUGGUUCGAUGUGAAUGAUUGAUUACCUCGACACUAUAAAAGACUAAAAUGCGUUUGAACUUUUUUAAAGUAUUAUUAACCAUAAAUCAAGAAAAGUGUUAAAGUUUACGGAGUAAUGCCAUGACUCAAUGUACCACAACUACCCCCGAAAAGUACAAUGCCAGAAUGCGUACUGUCACAGAAGAGAAGUUGAUGGUAGCGGUGCGCGUGCGCCCAUUACAUUCUGAUGAAGGCCCUCGCAUUGUUCACGUGGUCAGUGAUAAGAUGCUAGUUUUGGAGGAUGAGUCUGACAACAGGCGGGAUGUUCUACGGCAACGUCGUCAUAAUGAAAAGCAUUAUGUUUACGAUCGAGUAUUCGGGGAAGAAAGUACGCAGGAGGAAGUUUACGAUGCAGUUUGUGCUUCUUUGGUGAGCGAUACACUUCGUGGCUUCGCUGGAGCGGUAUUUGCCUACGGUGCCACCGGUGCGGGGAAAACGCACACGAUGACAGGCCUUAUGACCCGCGCCCUGAAUCACCUCUUCACUAGUAUCGCAGAAAGCGAAGAUCCUAAUUCGUUUGAGGUUAAAAUGUCAUAUUUAGAAAUUUACAACGAGAAUAUACGAGAUCUGUUGAAUCCUACGGCCGGACCGCUAGAGCUUCGGGACGAGGGUGGUAGUGGAGCGCCCGUGGUGACAGGGUUGAGCGAGCUACGAGCUAAUAGUGCCGGACACGUUGCUGAACUGCUAGCCCGAGGUGACAGGGCUCGCACCGCAGAGCCCACCCAUGCCAACCAACAUUCAUCAAGAGGACACGCUUUGCUAAGCGUUACAGUCAGCAAACAAUUAGGUGCGUGUGUGCAACGCGGCCGGUUGUUCCUCAUUGACCUGGCCGGUUCAGAGAAGGCAGGUCUUCGAGCACGAAGGCUGGAGGGAGCGCACAUUAACCGCUCUCUGCUUGCUCUUGGAAACUGUAUUAUGGCACUAUCCGGUGGCGCAAGAUACGUUAAUUACCGGGACUCUAAGUUGACUCGUCUGCUGCGCGAGGUGCUGGGCGGGCGGUGUCGUACCGCCAUGGUCGCGCACGUGGCUCCUGGCGCCUCCCAUCGCGAUACGACGCGCUCUACGCUACAUUACGCGCAACGAGCCUCUACUAUAACUAACCGGGUGGAAAGAGAGUUAAUCGAAACGCCGAUGCAAAUGUCUCAGUACCGAACGGUAAUAAAUGAACUGCGCGAAGAGAUAUCUCGGUUAAAGAUGAAAAUGAAAGAUGAUCGCUCCAGUUUUUCGGACAGACCUAGGGAAGAUUAUCCGAACGACGAGGAAAUCCACGAGGAGACGGCUGAAAGCGCAGCGCAUUUAAAGUCACUGCGUGAAGCUAUUGUGUCUACAUUCAAACAGCAGAUGAGGUUGAGACGACGUCUGAUGGAACUAGAUAGUCACCUGCUGGGGCUUGCGCUGGACGCAGAGCGGCAGCACGCGGCCAUUUCGCAUUGGGAGGCUCGCUUCAACAGGCUGUACAAGCCCGUCACCAUCCCCGGAUCGCGUCUUAGCACGCAGCAGAGCUACAGGGGAGGCACGGGCUCGACGGCCGGCAGCGAGCGCGCGGAGGCCGAGGUGGCGGUGGAGCAGGCGUGGGCCGAGCUCGCCGCCGUGGAGCGCGAGCAGGAGGCCGCGCGGACAGAGCGCGACCGCGUCGAGAGGCAACUCGAACAAGUCAGGCUGCGAGGAGCUCAACUAGAGCAGGAGCUACCGGCCCGGAUCAGCAGCGGUCCGGAGCGCGAGGUGCUGGCGCUGGUGUGCCGCGUGCACGAGCUGGAGGCCGACAAGUUAGCGCUACAGGGCGAGCGGGCGGCGCGCGCGCACGAGCUGCGUCGCCGCGACCUCGCGCUGCAGCGCCGCGACGCGCAGCGACGCCUCUCCGACGAGAUCAUAACGCGCCAAAGGCGGGCGCUGCAAGAACUGGGUAUCGGAAUACCGCCCGAGUUGGCGCAACUGUACGAGCUUUACCAACAAGAGAUACACGCCUCUACGUACACUGAAAGUAACGACAUAUACACACCGCCGUAUCGUCUUCCACCAAUUUCCACUAGCAUGUCUGAGUUGACCUGGUCGGAGAGUUCGAGUGGGUCCGGGCGAGGGUCGAGUUCAGGAUCUGGUGGCACUCUCGCGUUGGAUCACCGCCUGCCGCGGCUGCCUCCCACACCAAGACCAAGGACGAGAUACAGUCAACCGAGUGCAGUGACUCUGAAGCGUUAUGCAAGUGACGAUAGCAUUGUGACGGCGGCGCCGCGAGCCAGGGACGAAUCUGCUCCUUGAAUACUAUUCGAGAAAAUAGCAGGAAAAUCUUUUAAAUGAUGAAUUUCUGGAAUAACGUGACGAUAUUCCACGUUAGUCUUUGUAUGAAUCAACCAUGGUUCACCUGAUGGGAUUUCAUUCUGUUUUUGUAUAAACCCAUUGAAAACAGAAGUAGGGUGACUAAAUGGUACAAAGAUCAUUAAUUGGGUUUUAGUGUAGUGUUGCCAAUGUGUGAUUAAAGGAAACGGUAUUGUAGUGUUGAUGUUUUGAAUUAUUUGUACUGUCUUUGUGUAGUUUUCUGUCUCCAUGGAUACAUAGUUGGGUAUCCGCAUAAAUCAAAUUGUGAAUGUUGACGUUUGACAAAUGUAUUUCGUUAAUAUAUCUUGUUUGGAUUUGGAUAAAUAAAUGUCUUUAAAAAAAACUGAUUUAAAUUUAA